UCUGCAGUUGACGACAUGUAGCGGAUUUGAAUAAUUUAAUUUUAUCAAUUGAAGGUCACAAUUCUACAUUUGUAUUUUAAUCAGUUGGCUUGCCCCUUGUCGGCCCUCACUCCACCUAUAAUCGCCAGUGCUCUUGUACUGAGCUAUUUAAAAAAAAUCGACGAUGGCGUCGGCGAUGCUUAAACUUUUCAAAACAGAAUCUCAUUUAGUACUCCAUAGACGUUACAGCAGUGCAGCACCAACAACAAAACUAUUUAUUGAUGGACAAUUUCUUGAAUCAAAAACAAAUAACUGGAUUGAUCUAACUAAUCCUGCUACAAAUGAAGUUAUUGGAAGAGUACCAGAAACAACUCAAGCCGAAUUAAAUACAGCACUAGAAGCAGCGAAAAAGGCGUAUAAAUCAUGGAGCCAGAGCACUAUUAUGACCCGCCAACAGCUAAUGUUCAAAUUUGCUCGCCUGUUGCGCGAAAAUCAAAGCAAGUUAGCUGCAAAAAUAACAGAAGAACAGGGAAAAACAAUAGCUGAUGCUGAAGGCGAUGUACUCAGAGGCAUUCAAUCGGUGGAACAUUGUUGUAGUAUAACCUCUCUACAGCUAGGAGACUGCAUCCAGAAUAUCGCAAGAGAUAUGGACACGCACAGCUAUAAAGUCCCACUUGGAGUGGUCGGAGGGGUAGCAGCAUUCAACUUCCCAGUAAUGAUUCCUCUCUGGAUGUUCCCCCCGGCUCUUGUGACUGGCAACACCUGCCUCAUCAAACCCUCGGAGCAGGACCCCGGUGCUACCGUCAUGAUGAUGGAACUGUUGCAAGAAGCUGGCGCACCCCCCGGAGUUGUCAAUGUUGUCCACGGAACACACGAUACGGUCAACUUCUUCUGCGACAGCCCUGACAUCAAAGCAGUUUCUUUUGUCGGUGGUGACGCGGCCGGAAAACAUAUCUAUACAAGGGCUUCGGCUGCAGGCAAACGAGUACAGAGCAACAUGGGCGCUAAAAACCACGGCGUAAUCAUGCCCGAUGCAAACAAAGAACACACUCUCAACCAGUUGGCCGGUGCAGCGUUCGGAGCUGCCGGACAAAGGUGUAUGGCUCUUAGUACAGCUGUUUUUGUUGGCGAAGCAAAAGAAUGGAUACCGGACUUAGUAGACCGUGCGCAAGCGCUCAAAGUAAACGCCGGCCACGUACCCGGAACUGAUGUUGGACCAGUCAUAUCUGUUAAGGCUAAGGAGAGGAUUCUGAGGCUAGUUGAAUCAGGUAUCAAAGAAGGCGCCAAAAUCGUUCUAGACGGACGAAAUGUUAAGGUACAAGGUUUCGAAAAGGGUAACUUCGUCGGACCUACUAUCCUGACAGAUGUCAAACCAAAUAUGGAGUGCUACAAGGAAGAAAUCUUCGGCCCGGUCCUAGUUUGCCUAUUCGUUGACACAUUAGAUGAAGCCAUACAAUUAAUUAACUCGAACCCUUACGGUAACGGCACGGCUGUGUUUACAACAAAUGGCGCUACCGCAAGGAAAUUCGCUUCAGAAAUCGAUGUGGGUCAAGUUGGAGUUAAUGUUCCUAUCCCUGUCCCGUUAUCUAUGUUCUCCUUCACGGGCACCCGAGGCAGCUUUUUGGGCACAAAUCAUUUCUGUGGUAAACAGGGAAUAGAUUUCUAUACAGAAUUGAAGACUGUUGUAUCUUUUUGGCGACAGAGCGACGUAUCUCAUACCAAAGCUGCUGUAUCUAUGCCCACGCAACAGUAAAUAAAUAACAAUCUGAUUAAUCUCUGAUAAAAUCCAUAAUAUAAUUUUAUGUGACUAUUUAUUGUUUCCAGUGCCAUUUAUUAAAUGUAAGAAAAAGUGUAAAAGAGCAUUUAUAUUUUUAUAGAAAUGUUUAGUACUCAUAAUUUAUAAUAAUUGUCUUCCCAAUA